GCGGCAGAAAGACGUUCAUCGUGACUUCAGAAGCGUUUUCUUUCUGACUUGGCCGAAUAGCAACAAAGAACACUCUGGGCCUUUGCACGCAGUUUUGGGGCCUGCAUGCUUGGCGAUCAGGUCGUACAGUACAAUGUGGCAGAGACGGGUCCACUGCGCGUCAAAGCCUGCGAGGCAUGCAGGCACAUCCGCUUCGGAUCAACCGCCGUCAAUUGCUGCGAUGCUGUAAGGGUAUACGGGUGCAUGCACCUCUUACCCCACACUUCUCCGCAUCUUCUUGCAAGCUCGCACAUCUUCCUUGCUCGGCAGUCGGAAAUCAUCAUUCGCCGAAGCGGUUCUGGAAUUCUCGACCCAAGGGGCUCAUCUCUACGCACGCUUCGCUGGUGGCCUUUCUCUGCAAGUGUGGCGGCUAUGCGGCACCUUUGCCGUCACUCCUACACAGCCAUUCAUUCCCACGCCCAAGCGCCCUUAUUCGGCUCGUUCUGUCAAGGGUCAGUCAGGCCCGACAGCGGACUUCAGACCUUACCCCAAUCCAAACACAGACAAAGGUCAGCCAGCGAGCAUCUUGGCAGCUUGUGCCGGCGACAGCCUCUUCGCGCUCCGACAUCGCCAAGUCAAGCCCUCACUGGACUUGUUGACAAAUCUUGAAUACUUCUUCUUGCGCUUCGCUAGGCACCCGGGGUGGCGUUCACGCAGGCUCAAAAGUCUGGAGUUCGAGGCCUUGCCCAUUCAUUGCGGUUCCAUUCUUUGCUCA